AUGGGCAAUCGAACUCAGUCAAUACGACCUCCUCUACCGGCCGAAGACUGCUAUAAAAGCCCAAGCUUUAGCAGAUUUUGUUGUAGAGUUUACUCCGACAGCCGAAGAAGAGAAGAUGGUCACGAAAAGCAAGGAAAAAGCGGACGACACCUCCCCACCGAUUCGAACCUACCUAACGACAUGUGGCAGUUGCAUGUAGACGGAGCAUCAAAUCACAAAGGAGCGGGAGCAGGAGUCGUCAUAAUCACCCCAGACGGAACCUUGUUGGAACAAGCUAUCACACUAGGCUUUUCUGCUUCAAACAACGAGGCAGAAUAUGAGGCACUGCUUGCAGGACUACGCCUAGCGAAAGAACUGUCGAUCAAGAGACUGGCCAUCUACUCAGACUCCCAACUGAUCACGAAUCAAGCCUCAGGCGAGUACAUGGCAAAGCACCCAAGAAUGGUCCAGUACCUCGACAAAGUCCAAGGACUUUUGAAAGAAUUCCCUACUUUCACCAUCCAACAAAUUCCACGGGCAGAGAACACUCAUGCAGAUGCGUUGGCGAGCCUAGGAUCAGCACUGGACACCCAAUUCAGACGCUCCAUCCCAGUUGAACACCUUGACCGGCCAAGCAUCGAAGAAAUAGAGCCGAUCGACUCAAUGCAGAUUGAUGAGGACCCCAGCUGA